AUGAAACGUCCUUUCAGUCCAUCGUCUUUUCUAUUUCAUGAGCUUGAAGGUAACAAAGUUGGCAAGGAAGAAGUAGUGCAAAUGGACAGUGAAUCUAGCUUGGAGAUCCAGGACGAGGGUGAAAAACUUCAAGACCCAUCGCUGGGGGACAAUCUCCACUCUCCACCCAACAGACCCAAAAGGGAACGGAGGCAGCGCACCUACACACUGUGUGAGGUCUGCAACAUCCAGCUGAACUCAGCUGCCCAGGCCCAGAUUCACUACAGCGGCAAAUCGCACCAAAAGAGGCUGAAGCAGAUCAGCAGUGGCAAAAAGCCAAACAACACAGUGUCAAAUAGAAAGACUGGGAAAAAAAAUGAACUUUACCCUCAGAAGUCAGAACACAGUAGUGCCUGUGAGAGAAGAACUCAACACAUAGGUACAUCUGCCCAGGGCAACCCGCUCCUUGCUUCUCUCCCAAUGCCAGGGCGGUCUCUGCAGCCUCAGCUCGACCUCAAACACCUCCUGCCCUUCAGGCUAAAUGGAUCCUCACCCCUUAGCCUCUUUCCUAACUUUAAUACGAUGGACCCUGUCCAGAAGGCAGUGAUUAAUCACACGUUUGGGGUCCCUCAGCCCCUUAAGAAGAAACAGAUCAUCUCCUGCAACAUAUGCCACCUGCGUUUCAACUCAACGAACCAAGCAGAGGCUCAUUAUAAAGGACACAAACAUGCACGGAAACUCAAAGCCAUGGAGGCCCAAAAGAACAGGCAGCGACGAGGUGGGGAGAUCUCAACCACAGGGAAAGAGAGGGACCGAGACCGGGAACGAGACAGAAGCAAGACGUCAUCGGCUGACGCAGCUCUUCCAGCACCUGUGGAAACGAGCUUAGUAAAAGAAACAAGCCUUCAGUUUGAUCUGGAACCAACCAUUACGGAGGGAAAACUGGAAGAGAGUCCACGGAGCUCCGUCAUGCUGACACCGGUGUCCGAGGUUUCCUCCAUGGAGCUGGUCACGCUUUCCCCUCCUCAGAUUUCACCUUCCUUGCAGCUCAUGGAGACUGCGUCGGACACCAGCACGCCAGAGGGUGCCGUGGUCACAGAGGCCAUCGAGGUCACCGAGGCUAUAUGUCUGAGCAGCGAGUCGUGUAGCGUCGCCGACCCAUCCAUCACAACAGGGGAGGCCUGUGUGGAAGACAACAAAGACCCCAAAAAGAGCAAAGCUCACCUCCACUGUCCUGUCUGUAAAGUGACAGUCAACUCCCCGUCUCAACUAGAAGCACAUAACAGCGGUACAAAGCACAAAUUGAUGCUGGAAGGUCACAGUGUUCUCCCGCGGCGCAGGGGGAAAGUAGUGGCGGCUCGAGCUGGCUGCAAGAGCAAGAGGCUUGCGAGCAAAGGCAGCGUUGGGGUGCCUAGCAAGAAUUUCCAGUGUGAAGUGUGUGAGAUCUUUGUGAAUUCUGAAACCCAACUUAGCCAGCACAUGAACAGCAGAAGGCACAAGGAUCGGCUGGCCGGAAAACCACCCAAACCCAAAUUUACCCCCCACAGCAAGAGCCAGCCGAGCUCCAGCUUAGCGAACGUGAGAUGGAGUGGCUAUGCAGGCGUGGCCGUGUCUGCCAUGAAGAAAGCAUUCACCCAGUGCAAUCUCACCUCUCUCUCCUCUCAGACCAAACUGGCUUUGCAGAAGCAGCUGACCAAGAGUUUGACAACUGGCUUCCUGCCCAGCCCCCUCACCCCACCGACUCUGUGCACAGUGGCGACAAACCCGCUGGCUCUGCGCCACCCGGUGGGCACCACCACCUUCAUCCAGACCCCAUUCCUGGGCCCCGCACUGUUCCGGCCUGCCCCGGGGCCGCUGCGGGCCACACACGCGCCCAUCAUCUUCUCCCCUUACUAAAGACUUAACCAAGCGCCCAGUUAAGCUUAGCCCUGUCCCUUUACUAACUCCAAGGCCCUCAUGUUAGUGUGACCUCACUACUAAGGUCGCAUCCAAACUAUGCAGUCCACCUGACUUAAAAAUGGGAAGAGUGCACAAAUUCCAAUUAACCAUCAGGCCUGAUGGCUUGAGAGCUCUUCUCAUUAUAGAGGCCAAGUUCCCCCAUUAAGCCUUCUUUCUGCUCCUUUUAUUGUGACCUCGGGAGCAACACAGGCCUCCAGACAGUGACUGACACAAAGGGGCCACUUUUAUAGCCAUUUCAUGGGUCGACAUGGUUUAAAUUAUGAAUAUUAUUGUGUAAUCUAUUAUAAAAUAUAUAGAGAAAAAAAUCUAGAUGUAUGUUUAGUGUGGUUGCCACAAAAUAAGGUCCCUUUACUUGAUGCUCUUAAAACUUUUAUCUUAUAUGUUUGGAGGUUUGAUGUCGUUGUAGGUCCUUAAAGCAGCUGAAGCAAAGCCAUACGUGUAUGGCUGCAGAGGCCAGUCUCACUCAUCACUGUUUUUAAGCUGACAAACUUAAGCCAUGCUGUUGCAUGGCAUUGUGGAUAGGGAUAAAACCAUACCAUGUCUUAGCUUAAUGGUAGUGUUCAGGUUUUUAUUGCGAGAUUUUGUUAAAAGGUUAUAAGGAGUUAAUGUCUUACCAACAGCAGAUGAGCCUCUUAAGCUGCCGUCACACUGCUUUCUAUCCUGCUGUGUGCUGGCAUUUGGAAAAGAAACUUUAUUUGGGUGUAAAUGUGAAUAUAUUAAGGUGAUUAAAUGUUUCACUUUUGAUGCCCUCUCGGUUUGAACAGUGCACAUGUCUCGGGAUCAAUAGUGUGUAAUUUAGUGUUCUGCUGCAUCAGAAUGUUGCAUGCUACUUAUUUUCAUACCAAAGACUUAGCUGAGCAGGGAAGGAAAUUGUUAUGCUCUACUGCUACUAAGGGGUCACAUAAUUAUUGACUGAUUGAAAAAAGAGUAGGUUAUUCCUUCCCUUUCCUCAGACAAAAGGUUUCCUUAGUUAUUAGUGGGUCAUUCCUUAUAUGUAUGAGCAAUAUAUGUAGAGUGUAUACUGUGUGUAUUGCUGCAGAGCUCCUGAUGCAGAAUAUCCCAACAUGUCCAAAAAAACUGGCACCCUGGAUUACCAGAUCAUAUGUUUGCUGCAGUGUCAAAUAGCUCUGCUCAGUAAGGGAGCAUCUAUGGAAACACAAGGCAGAUAUGCAGUGGUGUGACAAGGUAUUUAGUGCUUUUAUUUAGUAUAAAUCCAGAUUAGUUGGUCCUGAGCUUCAGCUUAUAUCUAGCCUAAAGGGAACCAAAGUGGAGGUCACUGCAGUUUAGGCCAGUUAUAUAUUGGAUAACCAUUUUGUUGUCACGCUCAUUUUUGAUAAGUUAUUUAUAGAGAAGGUGCUGAUGAUUACUACAGGAUAGAGAGGCAGGAGAUCUUGCACCUUGAUUGAUCCUACCGUCUUAAAAAUGUGGAAAACACAACAUGGAAAUAAUUUCUGGUCAGAUUAUAGAUUAUCAGAGUAAAUGGACAGAAAGUCAUUUAAAAAUCUGAAAUAUUUUGAAGGUGAAUGUGAAUACUGAAUACUCGUUCUGGCAGAUACACUGACAGGAAAUGUGUUACAUUCAUGAUCAUCGGCUUUAGAGUAGAUACUCCCCAUUAUAAAUGAUAUUACAUGCAUAAAAUAGCAUAUUAGUAUUCAUUCUGAUAUUUUUAACACAGGAGUUAACUGUGUCACAGUUGUCAGCGAUGCUGCCUUGCAGCGAGGACUAUGGCUUGAAUUUUUGGGUCUGUUAUGAAGACUGUUCUUUUUUUUCUCCUUAUUUUUUUUUUUUUAUUUGAUUUCAUGGAUGGAUGGAUGGAUGGAUGGAUGGAUGGAUGGAGCUUUUUAGGGAGGUAUUAAAUAGGUCCUGACCCCUCUCAGACUGCCCAUUAACAUCAGUCUCUGAAACCAACUACUCUGGAUUUGAACUAAAUAAAAAGGCUACGUAGGACAUUAGCUGCCAAUUAACCUUUAAGCAUUAACUCACUUCAAAAAAUCCAAUAUUAGUAGGUUGUUUGUCUGUGUCAAAAUAAAAAAAAUAAAUAAAAAAACAAAAAAAGCUAUUCUUUCUUUUUAAAUAAGAAACACAACCCCUGCUUCACCAUGUUAUCCAUGAUUAAGCAGUCAUUUGUAUCCAAAAAAGGUCAUCUUGUCAACUAGACUUUCUUUCAGUUUGCAAAUCUGCUCCUUGGAAUCUGAAUCCGUGCUUCAGAGUAUUACUCAUGCAGUGCAACUUGGGAUUACGCUCUUCCUUAAGUAGCGGCAUGAAAAUAUUUUUUGCAGCCAUAGAUGUCCUAUCCUGCAAAAUUUCCCCUUUUUUUUUGCUCUCAUCCUCACUUCUUUUUAACCCCAUUUUCCUUUCACCUCGCCCCCAUCACCUUAAUGUUGCCCCCGAUUUUCUUCUGCUGUGAUCAUAGUUUGAGACGAUGAGAAGCAAGGAAAUGACGCACACAAUCAAAGCACAUAAUGAGACUACAAUGGAUGGCAUGAAGAUGAAAUAUUUGAUGACAGCGGGUGGGAAGGCCACUCAGCCACAUUCUGAUUGACAUCCCGGUGCGUGGGGGGGGGGAUACAAAGCACAGUGCCAUGGCAACCACAUUAAAAAGCACCUUAAAACCGAUUUACUUACAAAAGCAAUGAAAAUAGCAUUGAUGUUCUCUUUAUUUGUUUGUAGGUGUAUGUUUUAUGAAUUUAAUAGAAAAACAAUCAACUGAGAACGAUCAUUUUAUAGUUUACCUGUAAUAAUGACAAGCCUCAUAUUUAAAGCAAUACAUUCAGUAUGUUUAUGUUGAUGGUGUGUCAAUGACUUUAUCUAUUCUCUGCUGUAAACUCCUCAUACAAUGUGUUGUACACCCCAUGACAGCCAAGGCCAACUCUGGUUUGUCAGUAAAGAGUCGACCCAAACAAAAAGCAGUGGGACUGCUGCCCUUGAUGUUUGAUGCUCAUGGCCAUUCUUCUCACGAGAAAGAGGCGAGAGGCACCUAAAGCACCAUAUGACACUGCCGCUUCAUACAUCAGCAAGGCAGUAGGGAUCUCUGUAUGGCUUCCACCGAGCAAAACAUUGUUACGUCAGAGACGAGUGAUGUGGAAGUGUCACAUAUGCAGCAUCGACUUGUCAUUGUGCUGUUUGUGCUCGUGUGCCGACUCCCACGCAGGAUAUCUGCUGACAUUCUCUCCUUUCCUUAUGCUGAAUACAAACUCUUGGCAAGGUCUCAAAAAAGGACUUGGAGCGCAUGUUUCAUCCUCCCUUCAACAGUCUCACCGAAUCAUGUUCUCUUAACCUACAGGAACCUAUGCAUCUGUGCAACGUGUGUACAUGUGUUUGACGCAGCAGUGCCACCUGUCGUAAAUAACCUGUAACUGCCAUCCAGUGCUUGUGAUUUAAGAAAACCCUUUCAAUCAUUGUGCAUUUAUGUUCUAAGGACUCCCAAGCCUUUUUCUGGGUUAGUAAAACCGCCAGGUCUCCUCGCCAUAAUGAUGUAAUGGUUCUCUCCAGUCGCAUUUCUCAGUGAACCAGCCAGCCUUUAAUCUUCACUGUUUGUUUCUAUCUAUUGCUCAACGGGAACUAUGACCUAGGUGACAAUUUUGUUAAAACAAAUAGAGAAAAGGCCAAUUAUAUGUAGAAAUAGUAACUAUAAAGACCUUAACAGAGUUAUUAUUGUUAUCUGUAUUGUAACUAUUAUAGAACAGAGUAGAUGAUGUUAUUGUUAAAUCUCUGUAUGAAAACAGGGGAAAGUUUAUUUUUUUUCUUUACAUGGUUUUACCAACAUGUUUUUUAAGGUACAAGAGAAAAUAUUUAAAAUGAAAAGAUUUGAGUGAGCUUUUCUUUCCACCAUGCUGGCAGUUACUGAAAUAAUAUUGUAAUUUUAGGCCUUUUAUAGACAAUAUCCUGAAGUUGCAUUGACUAGGCCUUCUCAGGGGUGAUAGGUUGAGCAAACGUUAACAUGGCCAUCCAUUCAGGGUAUCCCUCCAUUGCUCCAGAGAGCAGGAAACACUGUAAACAUGGAUGAAACGAUGAGAGACAUAUUGAGCAAAUACAGUUCUGUAUAUUAUAAGUAAAGUUAAAAGGAUUUGGGAAAUAAAGCUUUUUCAAACUUGUGAAAU